AUGUUUGCGCUUGCGCAGCUUGAGAACAAACGUUCCAUUCGUUCCCUUCGUGACGAGCUGACUGCAGCUCAUCAGGACAUCGCUCAGCUGUGUGAGAAGGUCACUUCGCUGAUUGAAAAGAUUGGCUCGUUGAAACGGGACCACUCGAAGGUGAACUUGGCCCUUGAUCGUGGAGGUGCUCUUCGCCUCUCGAAACGGGCUCGUACUGAUAGUACGUGUGGAGACUCCUAA